CUUGACUUGACUCAAGUCUGAGCUAACAAGCUUAAAGUCAGAGAGUGGGAAAAGCUAGGGUAAAAAUAUCAAAACAAUAGUUUAAAAGAAUAUAUAAUAAUUAAAAUUUCGGCAAGUAAAGGGUUAAGAGGUUGUUCCAGUACUGGAUGAUAUCAGUAUGACGCUCCUGCCCUGAUGAAUAAUAAGGAAGUACUUACUAUUUAGAAGAAGGGAAACAGAAAGAAUCGUCAACGCCUGUGUACCGGCUAAUUGUCAACAUGCCUAUUUUUAAUGGAAAAAAAGAAGAAAACUUGGCAGGAAAGAAACUGAAAUUGCUUCCUUCAGAUCUGCUUCAGAAUGGCCAGGAUGUGGACAAGGUAGACCUACAGAAGAACAGACUUAAGAACGUUACUGGCAUCUCUCAAUUGUCAAACCUGACAGAGCUCAAUCUGUGCCGAAAUGAGCUUACUGAAUUUCCUCAGGAGUUUAGCAAGCUACAGCAGUUGGUCACACUGUACAUGAAUCAGAACAAUAUCAAGAGCAUACCUGAUAAUAUAUUCCCAUCUUUGAAGAAACUGAAGUUUUUAAAGAUGAGCACUAACAAGCUUAGGCAAUUACCAUCAGACAUGAACAGGUGUGAAAACCUUAUCUAUCUAAACCUGUCCAACAAUUGUCUGAGGGACGUGCAGCCUCUGGUGGGUCUUGGUCAACUACAGGAGCUCUACGUGGAGAACAACCGUCUGACAGAACUUCCACAUGCUCUCUUUCAGUCCCAGAAUUUGGAAAAAUUCAAAGCAAACAGAAACCCACUUAGAAAGCCUCCUGAAGCAAUUUGUGAAGGUGGUUUGAAGGGCAUUCAAAGCUACUUUGAGAUGUUAGAAAAGAGUUCAUUCACUAUGCGAACCAUUAAAACAAUGUUCCUGGGGUCCUCCAUGGCCGGGAAAUCCACUGUGUGUCGCAGUCUGAGGCAAGGUUGCCCUGUAGAGGUGGCUGAAGAUGAUCGCACUGUGGGCAUUGAAAUUCAACAAGUCCACAAUGCAGAUGGAGUUCACUUUGUCUUUUGGGACUUUGCAGGACAAGAGGAAUACUACUUCACUCAUCACGUCUUCAUAACGCCCCAGGCCUUUGUCAUUCUUGCUAUUGAUCUUUCCAAGUAUGAUGCUGAGUCUUUCAGAGAUAAAGUGGGCUUCUGGAUCAACAAUAUACAGCUCAAGGUCCCAAAUGCAGUGGUCUUGUUAUUGGGCACUCAUGUUGACUGCUGCUCUGAUAAGAUGGAGGUGCAAGACAAGAAGAAAGACCUUGAGGAGAGGGUGAAUCAGAUGCUGUUAGAGCAAAAAGAAAGCUUAGAGCAGCAAAGAAGAAACCUUGAGGAAUUAGAGGACCCUUCGCUGGUCUGUGAACAAAUGAGCGUUAUUGAGCGACUUGAAGAAAACAAAUUGCAGGUCCUUGAAUUUAUUGCCAUUGACUGCAGAAACUCUGAGGACAUCAAUAGGUUACAACUCUAUAUCAACAAAGUGGUCUUAGAUACAGACACAUUUCCUUUUAUGGAACAAACACUACCACAAUGCUACCAGGAUGUGGAAAAUGCUAUUCAGGCCGACUUGGAUAGUGGCAACAUACCUCAACAUGGAAUAGUAACUCAUGGGGACAUCCUGGCACACCUGAAAACUACUCAGGAUGAAUUAGACCUUGAUAAGCUGACGGGUAUUCUUGAGUACCUGCACAGAACUGGAAUUAUUUUGUGGUACAGAGACUUGAACGACAUGGUGUUCCUUAAGCCAUCAGCCCUUAUCUCAUUGUUCAAGGCCAUUGUCAGACAUGAUUUGGCCAGUAUGCUGAAAAAGAUUUCCAGGAGAGAUCUGAUGAGAGAGAACUCUCUUGAGAAGCACAGAGACACUUGGAUUGAGGACUUUGCGAAAAGAGCUAUUCUGAGCAAUGUGGCUAUAAGAAUCUUGGUGCAUGCAGAACUCACCGUGUCAGGGGUUAAUGAUGAAGAGCUGAUUGAGGAGAUAGUUGGGACCAAGAAGAAGGCUGGGAAUCUUAUGAGGCUGCUGCAGCACUUUGAUGUUUGUCUACCAACCAAAGAAAGUGCUCCACUCAAUCCUACAGCCCCAGAGUUUUGUCCAAACAAAAAAUGGGAGCCUUCAAACCCUGGUGUGUAUGAACCAAAUGGAGCCUGUCUAUUCCCAAGUUUCCUUCAGAGAGACAAUCAGGAUGUAAUGAAGAUGUGGGGACAGGACAACCUGGAAGACAUCAUUGUCCAAGUUUACUUCCUCCCUGAAAUACCUCAUGGAUUCUUCCAUAGGCUGGUAAUCAGGAUAUGCUCAAUUUACUCCACCUACUGGAUCGGGAAAGAGCAGUGUCUUUUCACCUGUGGAAACAGACGUCUCAUGGUCAGAGAGCAAGCUAGCACUGGGGAUCAGUUCAUUGAGAUCCGGGGCAAACACAGCGAUAUGUCCACCUCAGUAGAUAUCCUAAAGGCUUGGGACAUGAUAAAGGUGGUGAUGAAGCGGCUGGCGCACCUCACGCAGCAGUGGAGAGGCGUGUGCCAGUACGUGCACAGCCCAUGUAAACACAAAGGCUGCAAAGCUUACUUCGAAUGGGCGGACUGGCAAGACUGGAUUGACCCUUACGCAUGUGAAAAAUUUAACAUGGAUCCAGAGGAAAAAAUGACUUGUCGUGAAGGACACACUCGCAGAACUGAACUGCUGUUUCCUGCUAGAAGCUGUGUAGGAACUGACUAAGUUCUAAAGAACUGACAUCUGAGAAAUGGCACCUGCCUCAAACCCAGCUGUUGUCACUCUCUUCUGGAAAAAAUAUCAUAAUUAAUAAUAAGUACAAUGAAAGCAAUCUUUAUAUAUAUGUGUGAGGGUUGGCGAUUCAAUUCCCGGCCCACAUGACUCCACAUGCCCAAUCUGGUCUGUACUUAUAUAGCACUUUUUCAACCUUAGCAGUUCUACAAAGUGCUUUACACUGUAUUUCAUUCACACACACACUCACACACCAAAGGUUCCAGAGCUGCCAUGGGUUUCAGUGUCUUGCCCCAGGACACUUCGGCAUGUGGAGUCAUGUGGGCUGGGAAUCAAACCGCCAUAUAUAUAUAUAUAUACACACACACACACACACACACACACACACACACACAUAUAUAUAUAUAUAUAUAUAUAUAUAUAUAUAUAUAUAUAUAUAUAUAUAUAUAUAUAUAUAUAUAUAUAUAUACCUUCCACUAAUAUUUGCACCCUUGUUAAAUAUGAGCAAAUAAGUCUGUGAAACAUUGUCUUUAUUGUUCAACUGUUUUGAUCUUUUGUUCACAAAAGAUUCACAAAAAAUAUUCACAAAAGUAAUCUGCUCUCAUGGAUAUCAAACAAUUGCAAACAUAACACAGGUUUAUGCAAAAAAAACAAAAAAAAAACAAUUAUUGGCACCCCUAUGAAUUCAUAUGAGAAAAAUGUAUUUGAAGUAUAUUCCCAUUGAUAUUUAAUUUAUUUUAAUUUUUUUGUAAUACAUGUAGGUGACUAGGAACAGGAAAUUGUUCAACCAUGACUUCCUGUUUCACAGGGGUAUAAAUAUGAGGUUACACAUAGGCCAAAAACCCUUAGUCAUUCAUUACAAUGGGUUAGACUAAGGAAUAGAGUUGUGAUGUGCAGCAAAAGGUUGUUGAGCUUCACAAAAUGGGAAGUGUCUAUAAGAAAAUAGCACAAGCGUUGAAAAUGCCCAUUUCCACCAUCAGGGCAAUAAUUAAGAAGUUCCAGUCAACUGGAAAUGUUAUGAAUCAACCUGGAAUUGGACGUGUGUCUAUAUUGUCUCAAUGCACUGUGAACAGGAUGAUUCAAGUGGCCAAAAAAUCUCCAAGGAUCACAGCUGGAGAAUUGCAGAAGUUAGUUGCAUCUUGGGGUCAGAAAGUCUCCAAAACUACAAUCCAAAGUCACCUACAUCACCACAAGUUGUUUGGAAGGGUUUCAAGAAACAAGUAUCUGCAUUUUCAGUUUGCCAGAUACUACUGGAGCUACUCAAAUGGGAUCAGGUUCUAUGGUGUAUAAAACCAAAAUAGAGCUUUUAUCUUGGCUCAGAGCUGUUAUGUUGGCAAAGGGAGGUAGCACAAAAUAUUGACUAAAAGGGUGCCAAUAAUUGUUGCACACCUAUAUUUUGGAUAAACCGUUGUUGUUUGCAAUCAUUUCAUAUUCAUGAUAGCAGAGUAUUUCUAUACUAUAUAUAUAUAUAUAUAUAUAUAUAUAUAUAUAUAUAUAUAUAUAUAUAUAUAUAUAUAUAUAUACACACACACACACACACACACACACACACACACACACGCACACACACACGCACACAAUAGAAUUCAUGAAUGUUAUUGUUAUAGAAUAUCAAAUGUAACUUAUGAAAUUGUUCCUAUGUGGGAUUGAAGAAGCCUUUAAGCAUUUGCUAAGAGAAUAUCCAGUCAGUAGAGGGUGCUGUUUGCUUGAUUAAAGUCUUGGGUGUUUGUAUUACAUUUCUUCUUUUGGAAGUGUGUUUACCUAUAUUUAUUUAAUAAAGAAGAAAGAAUAAUUCAGCUCUGUAGAACAA